AAAACUGACCUGAAGAACAAGAUAGGAUAUCAAGUGUUCUCGUCUAUUUCAGGUAUAAAAUCAAAGAAUUAGUCUGAAAGGCUCAAAAAGAAAAUUAUAUAAUGGCAUCACAAAGAGAAUCGGACAAAGAACAGGCCAACUCUAAUAUGAAAGACGAAAGUGCAAGAUUAUUCACAUUUUCAAAAACCACUCCAAACUUUUCCUCUGAUGAUGAAGGUGAUGAAGACAAUUUCAUUGCCCCCAGCCCAGUGUUUGUGAAGUUCUCAAGACCUAGAAAGAAACCUCUUUAUUCUCAGGGGAGUGAAAGCAACACAAAUGCUAAGUACAAAAACAACCCUACCCAUGAGGCUUCCUCUAAACAGGCUUCUCAAUCCAGUCGAGUGAAAAAUGUCCUCAAAUUCUCCUCAUUCAUGGAUGAAUCAUUCCCAGAGGAGGUCAAAUUCUCCCCAAUAUUUAAAUCCAGGUCCAUCAUUGAUGAGUCUUUUCCUGAAGAAUUCAAUUCAUAUGCACUGCCAAAAACCAAUCAGAAUUGCGAAUUAGGUGCAACUAAAGUUAGUAAAAAGAAGGGCGUAAUCCAAUCUCCAGAAAGUUUAAGCAGCAGUGAUAGCCAACCUAAUUCUAAUAUCAUGGAGAAAGCUAGAAAAUACUCUCAGAAAAUUGGAAGCCAAAUGAGGGCCGAAAAGAAGGCCAUUGCAAAACAGUAUUUUCAUGAAUUGUUACAUUCUUGUGAUGGGGAAAUGGAAGAAGAAGAGGAGUUUAAGGACUCAGCCCAAGGGAAAGUUCACAGAAAGAAGAAAAAGAGGAAAGCAGAAGUGGUAGGAGACAUUUCAUCUAGUAAACAGGAGGAACAAGAAUAUCUCAGCCAGGCAGAGAAACGACACAAGAAGAGGUCAAAGGUGGCUCAAAAGUCUUUCUUGGAUGGGGAAGAGGCCUUGAAGAAAGAACAAGGACGAAAGAAAGACCAGUCAAGCACAGUAAGCAGUGUGACUAAAAGUUCUGAUAUGCUAGCUGAUAACAGCAGGGGUGCUGGAAGAGAGAUCUUGGAUGGGGAUAAAAUUCUCAGAGAAAUGCUGUCCAUGGAUGGUCUGGCACAAAGACAUGAAAAACCCCAGCGGAGGUGUAGACAAAAUUUGUACUCAAAUAUUCCCAAGGAAUUGCAAUGGCCAUCUUCGUCAGAGUCGGGAAGUGAAGAUGACGAUUUAGAUCUGAGUAUCAGUUGUUCUUUCAAAGGCCACCAUAUACCCACAAGAUGUUCCCCAAGUCACAGUCAAUCAGAAAAAGAUAUGCAUUCUAACAGAAGAAGAAAUGUGACCAAAAAUGUUUCUUCCCCUAAAUGUAGAAGAAAUUUGGAUAUACAGGCCCAAAGUGCAGGUGUGUCAAAAGGAGUCAGGGAGAAUGUUAGGGAUCUUUACAACGAGCAGAUGUGGUUGCAUAACAAUACCGACUUGUCCGAAGGAGCCACCGCUAUGCAUUCCAGCCCGGUGAGAAUUAUCAGUAAAAACAGGCACGCUCACCCUGAGGAUAGGAAACAACCGGCAGACUUACACUGUACAGAGAAAUAUCACAUGCUUCAACCUGAACAUGAAUCAAAUUCACAGAAUAAAGCUGCGGAGAGUUUUUCCACUGUGAUAUCUAUAUCAGAUGACGAGUCGAUAUCGGGGGAGUCAUUUUCAGACAGGCGCGAUGUAGAGGUUUUGGAGGGGAAUACAUUACCUACACGAAGGAGUCAACGAUUUGCCAGGAAAACUCGACAGUCCAGCUCGGAGAGGGGAGAAGCUGAGAAUCCGCUCGUCCCCUCCCCAACUUUUCUGCACCCUUACAGAAAUUCUGGGUUGUCUGCACGCUUGACUGCUGCAGAUAGUUCGAGUCAACGGACGCCAUCUAGAAGUAGUGUAAAAGGGAGACCAUUGAGGCCCAACAGGAAUUGUCGUCAGCGCGUUGAGAUACUAGCCUCCCCGAGAUCUCAGAGUGUUUUCCAGGCGGUCAAUGAGAUGGAGAUGGACGAAGAAAUGGCAAGACGACUACAGGAGGAGAUGGAUUUUGAGUAUGCCAUGACCCUACACAAUGCUGAGAGUCAGGCCCCACCCCCACCCUGUCCCAGGCUGACGGAGUACCACACCCACGAUAGUGACUCCCCCACAACGAUGCUGACCCGGGGGAUGAGGCAGUCCACGAGGGACAUGGAUAUUGUUCUAGAGUCUUUGUUCCAUGACGAGUCAGAGGAUAGUUCUGUGGAGAAUUCAAUGGUGGACUUUCCGUUUGGUUCACACAUGCUGGUACCACAUGGCGUAAAUCGACGAGGGAACCGAAAUAGAGGUCGUCGUCAUGUUUUAGACUGGACAGAGCGGUUUCUGCAGGAUGAUGUACAUCAAGGAAGAAAUAAUAUACCAAGAAGAUUACUCACUCACAACAGAACAUUCUCCUCCAAUGACUUUGAGGAUCUUCUGAGCAUAGCAGAAUUACUGGGGGAUGUAAAGCCCAAAGGUAUCUCUAGUGAAGAGGUAACUCUCCUCCCAGAGAAGAAGUUCCAUGCCAACAACAAAAUGACUUCCUGUUCCAUCUGCAUGUGUGACUACAUUCUGAAUGAGAGACUGAAAAUUCUUCCCUGCUUCCACGAAUUUCACGGAGAGUGCAUAGAAAAAUGGAUUGUUACCAAUGCCACCUGUCCUAUAUGUAGAGUGGAAGUCAAAGUAUGAAGACAUCACAAGAUUUGCAUAAAUAGAUCACAUGAUAUGCAUAAGUAGGUCACAUGAUAUGCAGAAUUAGAUCACAUGAUAUGCAGAAUUGGAUCACAUGAUGAUUAUUAUGCAUAAAAAUGUAAAUUACAGGUCCAUGUGUCUUUAUACCUCAGCAGUUGCCCUGUUUUCAAUACACUUUACUCAUUGAUUGUAAAUUUGAGUUGCCAUGCUUUACUGGGAAUGUUGACUUUAAUUCCUUAUUUGUUUUGUACAUGUAUUUAUAGUGCAUCAUUCAUUGUAAAAUGUUUAUGGAGAUAUAAAUAUAUUACAUAUUUAUUCUUGAAGAAUGGAAAUGACUUUAUUCAUGUACUGUAAAUGCAUUGUAUCACCGUGGGCAUUAUGCACUUUCAAGGGAUGUUUUGUUUACUAUGUCUUUCAUUUUAUUGGAGGUCAUAAGACAAAAUAAUGACAAAUUUUAUUGACAUUAAAGCACAUCCACAAAAAAUGUUAUUAUUUCUGAGGGUUGAUAAAACUUAAAACCUACAUUUAAUUUCUGUAUGGGAAAGCUUUAGUUCUCUAAUCACAUGUUUUCAUUUGUCAGGAAUUUAAUUUUUUUAUGCAUAAAAGUUUAUUAUAUCAAAUAUCUAUAGAGUCUUGUGGAAAGUCAAGGGAAUAAAUAAAUGAGCAGUAUUUUUAUCCUAUAGAGAGAUGUGAAAUGAAAUAUCCCCUGGUUUGAAGAGUCAUGAGGGUACUUUUUUCUAGUUGUCUUUUUUAAAUGAUAUGCAAUUUGCAUGCACCUUUAAAUCGAGCGUGAAAUAUGCAGUGCUCUACGCUCUUCAAAAUAGUAGAAGGUAAUGGGAUUUAACUGUAAGAGCUGAGUAAAUUGAAUUGUGUAUUUAUUGUUUGUCUUAUGUUCUUUUUAAUUAUUUCAAAGUCAUAUAAAAGUGCUCUGUCUUAGUGUAGUUAAUGAAAGUGGUACUUUUAUUUAUUAAUAAGUUAAGAAGAUAUGAAGGUUUGCUUACAAACUUCUUGUAUUGGAGAUUUGAAAAAUUACCUUGUUGUUCAAGAUCAGCUUGGCUUGGGUAAAAUAUUACACUCACUGAAAAUGUUUUUUUUUUUUUAAAAACAUUAAUGUUUCAAGAGAUGGUUCUACAAUUGAAGUCUCAUACAUAUGGAUUAUUGUGUUCACUAUUCUUUUUGUAUUGUUCUUACUAUAGGAUUGUUAAGAAACCAUUGCCAGCAAAAGUAGGUAAUUUCUGGUAUUUCUGUAAUAUGUGAACUUAUUUAUUUAGUACCGUAAUAAGUUGAUUGAAGAAUGUAUACUGUACCCCAUAGAAUUUUUCAAUUUUUAUCUAUUUUGGAAAUGAUUUCCCAUACAAUACUGUAAAGUUUUUCGUUUGUUCAUUACUUUUGAUGGUACAUGUAUACAUGUAUUACAUGCUGCUUAUUAUGAAUGGUUCUAGUCCAGAGUUUAUAAAGUUUUUGUUAUUUUAUGCCUGAAGAGAAAAGCAGCUUUUCUUUGGUUUUGAUGUUGUGAGAAAUACAUAUGAAUCAGAAUUAAUUAUAACAACCUUGAUGACCUUGAAAUUCUUUUUAAUCUUGCAUUAGCUGUUAAAAGGCUAAAAUAAAGUUUUCUGAUCAAUAAAGUGUCUUGUCUGUGUGCUGUCUCAUCUUCUCACAUUUUCAUCUUCUUUUUCAGAACCACUAUUUUAAUUUCAAACAAAUUUGCCUCAAAUUUUUUUGGGGUGAAGUGUAUUCAAGCAUUUUUUCUAGGGGAGAUAAUUAAGAAAUAGUGAAUUAAAAAAAAUCUUGUUCUCAAAAGCCACUGUGCCAAAAAUUGUGAAACUUGUUAAAGUAAAAGAUGAAGAUAGGGACAAAGAGACUUAGGUGAGCAAUGUGGUGCAUGGGAAUCAAGGUUUCUUUUGUUAGAAAAAAAAUUUAAGAUCUAAAAUGAUAGGAAUGAAUUAAAACUGCUAUACUAAAUGCAAUUUUUACUUAUAAGAAAACAUUUUCUUUUCAAUUUUUCUGUCCAUUAUAAAACUACAAUGUAGAUGCAGAAUUUUUUUUUUUAUUAUAGUUACAUAGUUACAAAUAGACCUGUUAUACAAAUCUGUAUCAAAGUUUAUAUUAAA